GCUAGUACAACCAUUUGUGGGGCUGGUGGUAAAUUGCAUUGGGGGAACUGCAGUGGGUUCAAAAGCACCUUUUCUUCCUUUUUAUCAAUUACUUUUAACUCUGAAUUGUCUGACUGUGUGGCUGCUGUGUCAGGGCUGAGAAGGUGGCCUGGAAGGAGGGAACAUGUGGCAGGGAGCAGGAGAUGGCCAGUGACCCAUAUGCCAAGCAGCCCCGGCCCACACCUGGCAUGCUGGCUGGAGUCAGCCCCUGCCACUGAGGCCAGGAGGAGGGAGGAAUCACCAUGGCCUCAUCCCAGCGGGCCCGGCACAUUGCCCCUCCUGAUGGAGGCUGGGGAUGGAUGAUCGUUGCUGGCUGCUUCCUUGUCACUAUCUGUACCAGGGCCGUGACAAGGUGCAUCUCCAUAUUUUUUGUGGAGUUCCAGGCAUACUUUGGGCAGGAUUAUGCCAGAACUGCUUGGAUCCACUCCAUUGUCGACUGUGCUACAAUGCUCUGUGCCCCACUUGGGAGUUUAAUCAGUAAUCAUGUAUCCUGCCAAGUUGGUAUCAUGCUAGGAGGGCUGCUUGCAUCUUCUGGACUAAUUUUGAGCUCAUUCGCCACCAGUCUGGAACAUCUCUACUUAUCAUUAGGAGUCCUUACAGGACUUGGGUUUGCACUUUGUUAUUCUCCAGCUAUUGCGAUGGUGGGCAAAUACUUCAACAAAAGAAAAGCAUUGGCGUAUGGAAUAGCCAUGUCAGGAAGUGGAAUUGGUACCUUCAUCCUGGCCCCCGUAGUCCAGCUCUUAAUUGAGCAGUUUUCCUGGCGUGGAGCUUUACUCAUCCUGGGAGGUUUUGUUUUAAACCUCUGUGUCUGUGGCGCCUUGAUGCGGCCCAUUUCUCUUAAGGAGGAUCGUAAAACUGUUCCUGAGUUUCUUGAACAGGAUCGUGUCCCCGAAACAGAGAAACAAGACUUAAAGCAAAUGUCCGUCUGUUCACCUUUAAUCAAAGUGUGGUCUCGUGACUGUUUAUGCUACUGUUCAUGGAAGGAAUAUGACUUUUUACUGAUGCCAGGCUUCAUGGUGCUGGCAGUGUCAGUUUUAUUUAUGGCAUAUGGAUGUAGCCCUCUUUUUGUCUACCUGGUGCCUUAUGCUUUGAGUGUUGGAGUGAGUCAUCACCAGGCUGCCUUCCUCAUGUCCAUACUUGGUGUCAUAGACAUCAUUGGUAAUGUCACCUUUGGAUGGCUAACAGACAGAAGGUGUCUGAAGAAGCAUCGGUACUUUUGCUACCUCUUUGCUGUGGGAAUGGAUGGCCUUUGUUGUCUUUUCCUGCCCGUUCUCCAAAACUUCCCCUUGCUUGUGCCUUUCUCAUUUACCUUUGGCUACUUUGAUGGAGCCUAUGUAACGCUGAUCCCCGUCAUGACAGCAGAUGUAGUGGGAACUUCCUCAUUAUCAUCAGCACUGGGCGUUGUGUAUUUCCUGCAUGCCAUACCAUAUCUAGUGAGCCCGCCUGUGGCAGGUUGGCUGGUGGACACAACUGGCAGCUAUACUGCAUCAUUCCUCCUGUGUGGAUUUUCUAUGAUAUUUAGUUCAACACUACUGUGCUUUGCAAGACUAGCAAAGAAAAUCAAAAGAACACAUUUGCGGUCGCUCACCAGUGAUACAGGCGUGAAACAGCACAUGUGGACAAAUGGAGCAAUAGCUUAUUCUGUCACAGCAGAAUUAGACCAAAAGGAUGUUGAAUUUUUGGCUGUGGACACAAACAGCUGCAGCAAGAGGUGACAAGUGCCAUCAAGAUUCAGUAGGACACAGCCGUGACUGAGACAGAGGUGGCUCCGUAGUGUUAUGCUGCUGAAGAUACUACUCCUGUGAACCGAGGCAUCUUUCAAUUAGAUUUUUCUGUCGUGCUUUAGUUGACUAAAAUCUACAUACAGCAACAGUAAUACCAAGUUAAUGCAGUAAUAGAAGAAAGCUAGAAUGAAAAUAGAGUUUGUAGAUACAAAUGUUCACAGAUUUAUUUGAAAUGCAGUGUCCACUCCACAGGUAAUCAACAAUUGGCUGUACUCAACAGAAAACGAUAAAGUAAUCAGUCACCAAAACUGAACACUAACAUUUACAUUAUUUAAAAAGUAUCAUUAAUGACCCAAGCUUUUUGAUGUUGUGGUCUAGUAUGUUUCAGUGGACUAAUAACACACACCACCAAAAAACCUCCACAUGUGAAUUAUGCUGAAAGUAUCUCUGGAGCAGCUUUAAUUUUUACAAUGUGCCUGAACUUUGUAUAUACAUUCCAAUUUAAUUUCAAAUAUAAUUUUAGACCUACUUUCCCAAGCCCUCUACAGAAAAAAAAAAUAAAUAUUUUUUUUCCUCCUGGAUGUCUUUAAAGCUUGAAUUUCUAAAAAUUGAAAUCCCAGAUAUGAUUUUCCAGCUGAUCCUUGUCUUGGAGGGUGGAAGAGGUACUGUGGCAGCUCUGCUAUAUGAAAAGGAGUAAAUUUGUGCCAGAGGACUAGGCAUGCUGAUAGACAAACCUGCUUUAGCUGCAUUAGUUGGAAGAAUCCUAAAGGCAGCCCAGGAGACCAGAGGAGAGGCUCAUGUGCUUUCAAAUACAGAGGCUCUUCCUCUUGUAAAAUCAGCAGCUGUUGGAGAACUUCAGAGUCUAUGCAACCAGAUGACAGAGAGUGCUCCCUCUCUAGGCUUUGAUUAAAGAGAAUUGUGCUGUGUAUUGCAGUGGCAAGUCUUUCUCCUUUUGGCCCCAGGAGCUGUAUCUUCAGAUGGUGCAAUUUAGUCGUUUGUGCCAUCUGAAGAGAUGUCAGGUCACUUGUCCUUGAUGGCCAGAACACAACAGCUGCGACUUGGUGGUGGUUCCCUGCUACUUGUGAGAGGAAUUCACUACAGCUGGCUGCUUCACAGGAGCUAGGGUCUGAAUGUAGAUCGUGGGUUAAAUUACUGACCUAAUAAAUAAUGGGAUGUUUCUACAUUUUCAGAAUGAAAAUGUUGUCAACAAUGGAGGAACUUCACAUUCCGCAGUACAAAUAAUCUCAGUAUUUUGAUGCUGUAUAAAGCUGUGUUCUGUUCAUUAACAAAUUGAUCAGAGUCCAAAUAAUUUUCAUUAACACUGACCUAGCAGUUUUGUUAAUCAUCUGCAGUGUAUUCAGUGGCUGCUUAUGGUGUCCUUUUCCACCCUGUGCCUCGGAAGGGAAAGCAACAUAAACUGAUGUUCAUGAAGCUGAUUUAGAUCAAGAGUACAGCCAUAGGGGUAUAAUGUAUUUUUUAAUAUAUAUAUAUAUAUGAAUAGCAUGUGUAUCAAGUAGUUUUAUUAUUCAAGCAUAUUUCAAAUAUAAAAUAUUAAAAUUGUUU